UUUUUAGAACACGAAUGGUCAUGGGACGCAGGAUGUUUAUCUCCGAAAUUAGAGCUAUUUAAGGAAAAUUUAGCAGUAAAAUUCAACCCAGGUUACAGUACUGGAACAGCUGCUGUCCGAGGAGAUCACAGUUUGAAAAAAGGAAGACAUCAUUAUUGGGAAGUUAAAUUCCUGACUUGUCUUUACGGGACAGAUGUUAUGAUUGGCGUCGGAACAGCCAAAACCUCACUUGGAAGUGAAUUAUACCUCUCACUUUUGGGACAAGAUCGUGAAUCCUGGGGCUUAUCAUACCGAGGAUACGUUCAACAUGCCGGUGAUAAACGUGAUUAUUUUCCUGGUUUUAUCCAGGGUAAUUUAAUUGGAAUUCAUUUAGACACGUGGAAAGGAACUCUUCAAUUUUUCGUAGACAGGAAACCUUUAGGAAUUGCAUUUACUGGACUUAGGGACCUUGAAUUAUAUCCAAUGGCUAGCUCAACAGCGGCAGAAUGUAAAAUGAGAAUAACGUACAGUUCUUCUGUCCCGGCUUCCCUACAAAUGGACUGUUUAGGAUUAUUAAGACCAUUGCAACGAGCGUAUCUAAGUGCUGCCUUUCCUGGCCUGCGAUACAUUUCCGAAAGUAUCUUUGCAGAUAUUCUUCAAAGGCAUAAUGAACUGCUGGUCCACGCAGUUUCUCAGGAAGCAAGGCGAGAGACUGUUGCGGCUCCCGUCUCGUAA